UAACCGGGUGAGCGUGGAGGGGGCGACGCAUAAGCAGGUGGUGGAUCUGAUCAGGGCUGGAGAGAGGGAGCUGGUGUUGACCGUGCUCUCUGUGCCGGCACAGGAAGUGGACGGACUUGACGGCGGUGAGGAAAGCUCAGUGCAGCCCAAUUGCGACUACAGCGACAAGCAGGCCGUCCCCAUUUCAGUCCCCACAUACAAACAUGUGGAACAGCACUCAGAGAAGUUUGUGGUGUAUAACGUGUACAUGUCGGGCAGACAGCUGUGCUCGAAGCGUUACCGGGAGUUCGCAAUACUUCAUCAGAACCUGAAGAGAGAGUUUUCCAACUACAAUUUCCCAAAGCUGCCAGGGAAAUGGCCCUUCUCUCUGUCUGAACCACAGCUGGAUGCUCGCAGGAGGGGGUUGGAGGAAUACCUGGAGAGAGUGUGCUCCGUGCGGGUCAUAGGUGAGAGUGACAUUAUGCAAGAAUUCCUGUCUGAAUCAAAUGAGAACCACAACGGCAUAAAUGAUGUCGAGCUACGGAUAGCGCUUCCUGAUAAAACCACAGCCUCAGUGAGAGUCAGAAAGAAUAGCACCACUGACCAGGUUUACCAGGCUCUUGUCGUGAAGGUUGGAAUGGACAGCAUCAUGGCUAGUUACUUUGCUCUCUUUGAAGUUAUUAACCACUCGUUUG